AACUUAAUCUCUAUAAUCUUCACGUUGUGUAUCGUCAAUGAGGUGAAAUGUAAACACAUGGAUUAACCGUUGUCAAUAGUUAUGGUAACAGAAUAUGUAUCGAUCGACGCGCAUCAUCUAACAAUGUGUAUAUACCAUUCAGUUAUUCCUCCGACUUCGUACAAGAAACACGAUGACGGACGACAUUUCCGUGAUUCAAAAGAAGUUUGGUAGUCUGAACGAAUAUAGUAUACAAUUAAACAAAUGGUUCUCGAAAACAAUAGGCGUAUGGCCACUUCCAUCCUCCACUUCGAAAUUCGAAAAAAUAAUAACAAGGAUUCUAAUUCUUCUCUGUUGGAUUAUCGCGAUAUUUGACACAAUAUCAGGCUUAUUACAUUUCGCCCUUGUGAAAGAAGAUAUCAUCUCAAAAUUAAAAUCUCUGGCUCCUAUAAGCUAUAUUUUUGGCGGAGGGCUCAAUUACGCCGUGUUGUUACUUCGUAAAAAUGAUAUACUUUAUUGUAUAGAGCAUAUGGAAACUGAUUGGAAGGCGAUCACGAGGAUGACGGAUCGACAAAUAAUGCUUAAAAAUGCAAAAAUUGGUCGCAUUAUUUCCUGUUGCAUCGCAGGCUUCAUGCAAGUUAGUGCUAUUUGUUUCUGCACUGUAUUGGGAGUUUUCAAACGAACAAUAAAAGUCGGCAACGAAAGCAUGGAAGUAUACGUUUUACCUUCUCCAACCUAUAAAAUUCCGGUUGAUACUAAUCCAGGGCAUGAUAUCGUACUUGGCUUUCAAUUUCUGGCUGCAUACAUUACGAGUGCUACCGUUGUUAGCGCUUUCAGUUUUGCUACAGUAUUUGCAUGCCACGCUUCUGGUCAAUUAACUAUAAUGAUUACAUGGAUCGAAGAAUUUAUAAAUCGGUCACAAGAAGAAAAUAAGAAUGUACGCAUUGAUGAAAUAAGUGUGAUCAUCGAACAUCAUAUGAGAAUUCUAAGUUUCCUAGAACGUGCUGAACAUCUAUUGUGCCCAAUAUGCUUCAUGGAAAUGUUCAAGAAUAUAUUGAGUAUAUGCUUGUUUAGUUAUUGCAUUCUUGCGGAAUGGUCUGAACAUAAUAUUAGGAUUCUCGGUACAUAUAUUUUUGCGGUAAUAAAUAUAACUUUAAACACAUUUUUAAUAUGUUAUAUCGGUGAAGUCCUAACUGAAAGGUGUAAGGAAAUUGGUAACAUGGUUUAUAUGACAAACUGGUAUCGAUUACCUAAGAAAGAUAUUCUUAAUUUAAUAAUGAUUAUUACACGAUCUAGCGUAGAAUACAAAAUGACUGCCGGAAAGAUAAUUGAUAUGUCGGUAAUCACGUUUGGUAAUAUAAUAAAAACUGUUUUUGGAUAUUUAAAUAUAUUACGUCAAACAACAAUGUUAUAAAUUGCACAUGUAUUGAAUACAUAAAAAAAUAUGUAUCAAAUAUAUAUUCAAAAUAAAUAUUGCAUAUUAUUAAUUACAGUCGAGUAAAUUUGAAAG